AUGUCGAUUAAAUCUGCCAAAGCUUUAGCCUUAUCGGGUACUAUGUCACGAGUAUUCUGGCAUAUCCUUCGAGUAUGCCUUUCAUUAUCGCUGUUGUUUGUCGAUAACAUCAUUCUCGCGGCCGCGGUAUUGAUAGCCUAUCUCCGACCAGCCACUCGACGUUCAAAGAACUUUUCCCCGAAAACAGUCCUUAUCACGGGCAUAGGGACAGCCCACGGUCUGACUCUGGCAAGGUCUUGGGCUCUAGAAGGCCAUCGCGUGGUUGGAGCCGAUAUUACAGACCUGGACCUGCCCGUACGCUCCGGUGGGAGCAUGUCCAAGGCUCUGGUGGCAUUUUACCGGAUUCCCAAGGACCAUUACAUGUCCCGGGUCGCUGACAUUAUCCACCGCGAAAAUGUCGACAUAUGGAUUCCGUGUUCGCCCAAGGCAUCCCCCGUGGAAGAUGCGAUGGUCCGACAGCUCAUUGAGGGUUACACUAGCUGCACGUGCAUCACCUUCGAUGUCACCUGCGCAAUUCGCUUCGGCCAUCCUGAUUCUUUCAGGCAGUAUCUGAUCGAGAAAGGCCUUCCGGUGCUUGAGCAUCACAGGGUUCAAUCGCGCGACUCUGUGCACAAGAUUUUGCACCGGUCGCCUUCAAAGGCCUAUCAUAUCUCACGAGCAAGCCCAUCUGCGAGUGAGAAGGCUAUACUGUUGCCGAGCACUACGCUGAGCAAAACAUACUCGGCGAUCAGCGAGAUCCAGAUCUCCAAGGACCAGCCUUGGAUUCUGCAGCAACAAUCUCGUCUUGGAGAGCUAUUCGCAGACCUACUGAUUGUGCGUGGCCACGUUCAAGCCAUUAGAGUUCGGUUUUCGGAUUCUGGUCCGUUUACGUGGGGUACAUCGCGUUUGGAUAAGGCUCUGGCAGCUUCGAUCCAUAGCCUCAUGCAGAAAUUGGUAACCAAAGGUGAUGUUCGUUUGACGGGUCAUCUCUGCGUCAGACUCAUGGUCGAUGAAGAGUUUGAGGCGCAUUCUGUCCGACACGCUAUCUACAUCGCCGGCUGUACACUCGGCGCAAGACCUGUGGAUCAUCCGCUAUACAAUGUACCUUGCCCCGUUUCAGGCUAUCUAUCUGUGCUCCCAUCCAAUCGAGUCGAUACUUCCAAUGUCACAGCCACACUGUCAUCAACCGAUUCAGCGCCAGCAUUUGCCCGUGCCGCCAUUAUUCCUGCUACUUUCAUGAAGUUUCCGGUCUUUCGCAUGGCACUCACAGCUCUAGAAGUUGCAGAGGUAGAAAUAGUGCAGCUGCUGUUCUGGAAGGAUCCGCUGUUCUCUAUUCUUGAUCCGGUUCCCUGGUGGUGGCAUGUACAUGUCUAUCAACCAUUACGGGAGAUCUGGGUGUUGAUAAAACGAACACGAGAGGCGGGAUUGACUGAUUUGGCUUGA